UGGUGGUGGAGCCUGUCCUGUCCUCGUCUGCACCUCCUGUUGGUGAGGCAUUGCUCUUGUCAGCCAUGUUACACUGACCAACUGAGAAGAAAGUAGAGGAUACCCCUCUUGUAAUGUGAUGGCAGAAUCUGGUCAUGCUCUUGGAGUAAUACUUCGGGGGUUUCUGCAUGCGGCUGGGGAUGUCCUGGUGAAGUUGUGGAGAAGAAAAGAAGGAUUUCUGACGACUCCACGUUUCCAGCAGCACACAGGAGGCUCCAAGAAGUGGCAGCAUCAUUUAUUUCUUCAGCGAAACUGAAGAAUGCGCUCAGUAGCGCUUCUCAGCAGCCCUGCAGCCCGUGGAGAGUGUGGGCAGUCUCUGUACGCAGCAUCCUGGAAAAUGUGCAUUCCCUUGAAGUGAUCUGCUGAAAGCACAUACUUAAAAGACUGUUCCAGCCUGCCUUGCUGCUCUGCUCUCAAGCUCUGAAAUGCCUGCUCUCUAAUACUGCCUGGAAUUUGGUUUUCUUCUGCUAAAAAAACGCAACCUGCUGCAGUUAUCCAAGGAGUCCAAAAGGGCAAGGACAGUGAAGAUGGCUCUGUGCGCUUUGUAUGCAGUUUGGGCUAUCUUUGUGGAAGUGGCAGUAACAUUUGGUCCGGUACCAAGGAUCACUUGGGAACACAGAGAGGUCCAGCUAAUACAUUUUCAUGAAUCAGAAGUGUCAAACUAUUCAACCUUGCUGUUAAGUGAGGACAAAGAUGUUCUGUAUGUAGGAGCCAGAGAAGUGAUCUUUGCAUUAAAUGCAGUUAAUAUUGCUGAAAAGCAGCAUGAGUUGCACUGGAAGGUCACUGAAGAUAAAAGGACUAAAUGUGCAGUCAAGGGCAAAUCAGAACAGACAGAGUGUCGUAAUUACGUGCGUGUUCUGCAGCAGCUAAAUGACACUUUUCUCUACGUGUGUGGAACUAACGCGUUUCAGCCAACGUGUGAUUACCUGAAUUUGAUUUCGUUUGAGCUCGGAGGUAAGAAUGAGGAUGGUAAAGGCAGAUGUCCAUUUGAUCCUGCUCAAAGUUACACAUCUGUUAUGGUUGAUGAGGAGCUUUAUUCUGGGACUUCCUACAACUUCCUGGGAAGUGAACCUAUUAUUUCACGGAAUUCUCAUCAGAGUCCUCUGAGAACAGAAUAUGCGAUACCUUGGCUUAAUGAGCCCAAUUUUGUUUUUGCUGAUGUGGUAAGAGCAGACCAAAACAGCACAGAUGGAGAAGAUGACAAGAUAUACUUCUUUUUCACCGAGGUGUCUGUGGAGUAUGAGUUUGUUGGAAAACUGAUGAUUCCAAGAAUAGCUAGAGUGUGCAAGAGAGACCAAGGAGGAUUGAGGACUUUACAGAAGAAAUGGACUUCUUUUCUCAAGGCCAGAUUGAUUUGUACCAUCCCUGAUAAGAAUUUAAUUUUCAAUAUUAUCAAUGAUGUCUUUAUUCUCAAAUCCCCAACCUUGAAGGAACCAGUGAUAUAUGGAGUUUUUACCCCACAACUGAAUAAUGUGGGGCUGUCAGCAGUGUGUGCAUACAAUCUGUCUACUGUAGAAGAAGUAUUCUCAAAAGGAAAGUAUAUGCAGAGUGCUACAGUCGAACAGUCUCAUACCAAGUGGGUACGGUACAAUGGGGAAAUUCCUAAUCCUCGACCUGGUGCAUGCAUAAACAAUGAAGCCAGAGCAUCAAACUACAUGAGUUCUCUGAAUUUACCAGACAAAACAUUGCAGUUUGUUAAAGAUCAUCCUCUAAUGGAUGAUUCUGUGACUCCAAUGGGAGACAGACCCCGACUAGUAAAACGAGAUGUGAAGUACACCCAGAUUGUAGUGGACAGAGUCAGAGCACUCAAUGGUACCAUAUAUGAUGUUAUGUUCAUCAGUACAGAUCAAGGAGCCCUGCACAAAGCUAUCAGCUAUGAAAACGGAAUGCAUAUUAUUGAAGAAACACAGCUUUUCCCAAACUUUGAGCCUGUCCAAACACUCUUGCUUUCAUCCAAAAAAGGCAGAAGAUACCUCUAUGCUGGUUCGAAUUCUGGUGUGGUUCAGUCUCCUGUGGCAUUCUGUGACAAGUACACCACUUGUGUUGACUGUGUCUUAGCAAGGGAUCCUUACUGUGCUUGGAAACCCCUUGAAGCUUCCUGUGUUGAUAUUUUUAAAGAAAGUGAAAUUGAAAGGAAUUGGAUCCAGAACAUAGGUGGAGAUGCAUCUUCUUGUUCUGAUAAAGUAAGAGAGAAUUCCCUACAGCAUACAUUCAAGCAUGGGAGCACAGCAGAGCUCAAGUGUUCUCAAAAGUCCAAUCUGGCGCAGGUAGUUUGGAAGUUCAAAGAUGACGUACUGAGAGUGGAGAGCCCCAAGUACCGUCUGCUGGAAAAGGCACUGCUCAUCUUCAAUUUAUCAGAAGGAGACAGUGGUGUUUACCAGUGUUUGUCAGAAGAAAAAGUGAAGAAUAAGAAAUUCUCUCAAGUGUUGGCUAAGCAUGUUUUGGAACUGAAAAAAGUCCAGCAUACUACAGCAGGCCCGACGGUGGCAGCUGCACCCACAGAAGGUAAUAGUGAUGUACCAAAAGUGUCAGCUGUAUCAACCGAGGGGUCUACCACUCAAACCUCAACCACUCAGAUUGUACCAGUGACAACUGCAAGGAUAACAAAGCCCAUUGGCCCUGUCCGAACAAGCGCAGCCUCCAACACAGAGCUCUUCAAUUCAAUUCCUGACGCAGUCCCAGAAAAGACAAUGUUCCUGAAGUCAAACGAUAACUUCCUGUUGAUGUUCCUAUUCCUCUUCUUUUUUAUCCUCUUCUUGUGCCUGCUCUCCUACAACUGUUACAAAGGGUAUUUGCCAGGACAGUGCUUGAAAUUUCGCUCAAUCAUGCUGCUGGGUAAGAAAAAAACAAAGUCAGAUUUUUCUGAUUGCGAACAAAGCGUGAAGGAAACCCUGGUGGAGCAAGGCAGCAUCAGCCACCAGAGCGGGGAGCAGCCGAAGCCGGCGCACGACACCGGCUACGAGACGGAGCCGGACUGCGGCAACGGCCAGCUCCAGCCCGGGGACGUGCUGGCGCCCAGGGAGGCCAAGGACAAGCCUUUCGAUGUGAAGUGUGAGCUCAAGUACGCUGACUCAGACGUGGAGGGAGACUGAAGGACGCGAUCUUCAGUUUCGGUGGUGGAAAUCAGCUGCGGUACCACAGCUAGCUUUGAACACCGAGCGCGUGGUCAUGACCGCUGAGCCAUCGUGGGCUUCUCGUGCUUCAGCUAUACAGCAAGCCACUUUGCAUUCGGAUCUCACCAGAUACUGAAGCGGUGUUCUUGUCUGCAGACCAUAGCAUCUUGUAUUGUACUGUCAUUUUUUUUUUAAAUGGCCAGUUUCAGAUCCCCAUUUGUUUAUUCCUGGUUUUUCCACCCAACCCUGAGCACUUCACUCUGGUGAACAGUUGCCCACUCCUUUCUUGGCCCUUUUCUUCCAUAGGAUAAAAGUAACUAAUUCAGUUGGCUUUAAAAAGUACUUCAGUCUGCACAUCUUUUAGCUGCCAUUAAAAAAAAGUUCUAGUUUCAUUUGAAUUCCAAAUUGGAAAUUAAGUUUAGUUUAUCAGAUUGGUAAAUUAUAGACUUUUGUCCAGAUUGGGACAUUUUUUUCUUUGCUUCUAGUGAUUAUUUUUAGUUUUUUGUGUUUUAGCACGCUAGGUCUCUUUAGUUUGUUAAAGUUAAUUUUUUUAACUGCUUUUAAAAUAUCUUAGAUUUUAAGAAACAUGGGGAUAAUAGUUGGCUUGAUUUGUGUAAGACUCUCAGGGAUAAUCUUGUUUAAAGGCUUUUUUCCUUGCUGCUUUGUAGAAAUUUAGGUACAACGAUAUCGGUACAAAACGUGGACUGGAGUAAGAGGGGGAAGGAAGAAAAUGAUAGGUUUAGGAAUGCUUUUUUUCUUCUUUAAACAGCAAGCUGGACACAUUUUCUUUUUCUAUACAAAACUGGAUUUCUUCAUUUUCUUUUGUUUAGUUUUUUUUUAACUGAAACAAUACAGGCAAGCAACUGUCAGUUAGCAGUGACACAGAGAGGUUUUCUGCACUGUGGAAGCGAAAUGGGAAUUGAGAAGAAUUUCCGACAAUAACUCAGCUUGUGACUCGCUGGAACGGACUGUUAGGAUACAGCCUGAUGAGAAAAAAUUGCCGUUUUUUUUUUCUUUUUCAGAUUCAGAUAUAACUCAACUUCUUUUUUUGUGACAAAUCUUUGCAGCGUCACCCUUUCUGGAUGAUACCUACCAAUCAAUCUCCUAUGCAACUGGAGACUGAAACUGGAGCUGCUCAAACAAUCAGUCAUUUGAACUGUCUAUGUGAAUCAUGCCUGCAAAAGUGAAAAUGUGCAUUUGUUCUAAGCGCAGUUCACAACAGCACUGUUUGUCUGUUAAAAGCAUUUUGUGCGGUACAGUUCUGAAGAGUUGUUCCUCUCACUGCGUAUUUCUGUAAAUAUUACUAGAAGUAGAGUACAUUUUAACGGUAAAUAGCAGUAUGCCUGGGCUGCUUUUCUAUGUUGAACAUCCAUGCAAAGUUAAUUUAGACCAUCUUAGUGUAAACGGUUUAUAUUUUAUAAGAUUCAGUUCGGUUUUAUUUUUCUAUUUUAAUUAUGUACAUAUAACAGAAUAAAUAUUAAAAUAAAUUGUAUUACUCCUUGACUUUUAUGAAAGUUGACAUAACGACGCUCCUUUCUGUACUGCAAGUACUAAUGUUCCUUGUGGUUGCCUUUAAGGGGGAAAAAAAUGAAAACUUUUGUCAAUAGUUGGGGGAAGAUUCUCUUCUCAGCUUUAGUUAAAUGGGUUAUUACCCUGUGGGGGAUUGGAAGGAUGGAAAAAGACGUGGGUGAAGGAGGAAAGCAUUCUUUUCUAGUGCUCUAGGGACACUUCCAUUUAUUACCCUCCUAAAAUUCAUUUGUCUUUCUUGCAUUAUUUCUUCAAUAUGUGAUGUAUUUCUUGCAACUUUUUUCCUUAGUACCCUCUUUUUUUUUCUUUUCUGUCCUCUUCUGUCGCACAGCCUCAUCUCCUAUACCUUUCCCUCCUACUGGUACCUCCUUUUUGUCCUGUGUGGGAAGUGAUUCACCUCCUUCACCCACCAGUACCCAGCCUGAUGUUUGGUCUAGCACAGACCUUGUAAAGGUCAUGUUGUUGCCACCUUUCCUAAGUGACCAGGCACAGCAUGUUAGUGUCGGGGGACCCUUUCACCUCUUCUGCCAAGCCACAGGUAAGUUGGAGGACCCCUGUGUCAACUAGUAUUUUCUGCAUUAAAGGUUUAGAUGUGUGACCAUGCAAUGUACCUGCUCUUCUUUUUUGUAUUUAAAAAAAAAAAAGAAAAGAGGACUAUUCCAGGAUGUCUUGUGAACAUGCUUUUUACUAAGACUCAGGCACUGCACGUAGUGUCAUGCAAAAAUACAGGCUCUGAUUUAGUGGCCGACUUCAGUUUGUUAAUAGUUGAUUGACUUCAGUAGGCUCAUUUGCAUGCUGAUGGAGCCUGCUGGGUCAUGAUUGCGUAUGGAUGUUUAGAAGGUAAAUAUUUUCACUGUUAGGAUGUAUGCAAUUAAAAAACAAAUACCCUUCUGUCAGAUUUGAAUUUUACAUGUUGUUUUAGACCCGGUCAGGUAUUCUUUUUCAUUCUUACUUAUUUCACAUGGUGAAGUGCUUACGGUAAUGAUAAUUUUCAUUUUAUGGGGAACAUACUGUCUGGUGCACAGGAGAAAGUCAAAGCUAUUUUUUUCAGUAGAAAUUCAACAUUUGUCUUUCAGCUUUUGCUUGGACAGUAGUUGCCUGUUUAAGUGGAAUUUAGUGAAUCUAGACAGGUCUUAAAAUGUAACUUUAU